AUGCUCCGUGACGAGCUCCUCCGGUCAAAGAACGAUGAGAUCGCGAAAUGUCUGUUGUCGCGCAAGCGAAAACUGACCGAGUUGUAUUAUGCGACCGUGGGCUUUGAGAGCGCGACCGCCGAUGCCCUCUAUUCCCAGAAAGAGCAGGCCUUCCUCGAGGCUAACGACCUCACCAGAGGUCGUUACUUUGACGAAUCUACGCUCCCGCUGCCCUCCUACCCACGUUCGCAGUCUCCAACUCGGAGUGCCGUCGCAUCAAACACCAAUAACGAUGUGAAGACUCUACAAAGCGAUACUCGUCCAUAUACAGCGAGGGGUGCCAGCCUCUCGCCGAGCCAAAGUGCACGUGGGAUUGCACCGCCGCCACCGAUACCCGACAGUAAAGCCAAUGCGCAUCUAUCGCCAACAUCAACUCAUCUGACUACCACCCUUCGACUUUCUUCAAAUGCCCCGACCUCUACCGCUCAUGUUGCAUUUGAUCCAGACGGGUCCUCGGUCUCAGACUCAAAGAAAGAAGGCCGACCAGUGACUGUCAUCGACAAGGGCGACAAAGUGCUCACCAACCCAGCUAAAUCACACGAGCCAACGGACGCCGAUGUCCUGCCAUCUUUGGCAAUUCCUGCCCGCCAAGCACCGCGAAAGAGGUCGGACGCACGGCCUUUGCUCACUCUAGGCCCGUCAAAUGGAGAGCAGCCUGUCUCUCCCGCUUCAUCAAUCGAUCCGUGCUCUACCAAUACGCCGAUCGCUGUCGCCGCGUCGCCUGACACCAGCCCUGGCGAGGAGAUUGGAGAUGCAAGAAAACUCGAUGCACGAUCCGCACGCGACGUUCGCUCAGUCCUACCCCGUCCAACCACGAUUCCGUCAACUCCGGAUGAACAGCUUCGUCUGGAGGAGGCGCAGUCAAUUUAUCGUGCCACGGUUGACAGCGUACACGUACAGGGAGCGCGUGAGACUAUGUCCAAGGAUGCAACACGUGCGGACUUUGUCAAACAGACAGUCGAUCUUGAGCAAGGGUCAUCAAUUCCACGUUCAGCGCAAUCAACUUCCACCACCAAACCAAGUGCUGCUGAAGGGGAAGUGCUCUCUCCUCAAGAACAAAUUUCCAUCGAGGACUCAGCCAGAGAAAUGUCAACGGAAGUGAAGAAGACCAUCGCAAUCCCCGCCGCCCAGCCGGAUGUUUCUCAGCAGCGAAUGACUACUCGUGUUUCAUCUGGAGCAAUUCGUCACAAAUCCGUGUCAGAGAUCCUGGGUGAGGUUCCACGUCAAUUGAAUCAUGAGAAACCCUCUGCGAAGCCGGAACCACAAACGUCAGAGAGUUUGGCUCGCAUGCGGUUCAAGGAUCGCAAGAUUCGGGAAAAGGAAAGAAGCCGCGUGUCUACGGUGGUCUUCCCCAAACAAGCGACCUCGUUGCCGGUGAAGAGCGAUGCUACGGAUCUUGUCAGCCAGGAAUCGGUGGAUGCAGUCGCCAAGUUGAAUGAAGAGCAAGAUUAUCUUUUUACUCUGUUCUUAAAUAGGGCUUACGCGCCCCCGCGAGGAACGAAUCUCAAUAGUCUUCUCGCAUCAGCCCACAAAACAUUGAGCACUGCCAACCAUCUCCUUGAAUACCAAGAGCAGAUGGAUUGUCGUACUCUUCGGCGAAUUUACGCCUUGCAGAAUGCCAAUCGUUGGCCGUUACGACAGAUGAAGCGGUCCGGCGAGCCCCAUCGCUCCGCCAGCCAUCGUGAUGUGUUAUUAGAUCAUAUGAAGUGGAUGCGAAUUGAUUUCCGCGAGGAGCGCAAGUGGAAGCUUGCCGCAGCAAAGAGCUGCGCUGAGUGGUGUGCUGAGUAUGUUAACAGUGACGAAGAACACCGGUCAUUGCUUCGGGUGGAUGUCAAGAGACAUUCGUCGAAUGCCAUAGCCUCAGAUACUUCAAAACUUUGCUUGCCAUCUUCGUCAGGAUUCGUACGCGACACCACGCCAACGGCAUCUCAUCCGACCCCUGAUCUAGUACCCUCCACGGAAGAGGAGUCAGUCAGUGACGGUUUCAACGAGGAGCACCGGCAAGAUCUCCAGACCACUGUGGCGCCGGCGGCAAUAUUCUCACUGGGCUCUGACGAAUUCAACUUUUCUCUCGACAUGACGCCGUCUGCGGAGAAGAUAUUGGACGAACUACCGCUCUUUGAACCUGUUCGAUUCAAGUUUGGAACUCAGGACCUCGCGUUCAAAGACAAUCCAGACUCCUUGUGGAAGCUUGAACUUUUGCCAGUGACAAAGUUCGCCUCGACCAAGAUCACUUUCCAGAAAGAUGCUGAGCAUCACCGCAAGGAGACCCGAUACGACUAUUCCAAGUACGCUUCUCCUUCUGGAAACUCAUCAGUAGCAGAUCUGCCCCCUGAGCAAACCAACGUUGCUCUAUUCCGCCCUGAGAACAAACCAAUUCGAGACCGCAUCCAUCCAGGCCAUUCUUUUCGGCCACCCACAGAACACCCCAUGCCUUCUGUUGGAUUUUUCGAGUCCCGCCAAUCUUCCCAAUGGACAGCCACGGAAGAUGAGGAGCUUCGCCGUCUUGUGAAAGAGUAUACGUACAACUGGUCACUUGUCUCGAGCUGCCUCACUCCACCAUCUCUUUUCACGUCUGGGGCUGAACGACGGACGCCUUGGGAAUGUUUUGAACGCUGGGUGGGCUUAGAAGGUCUACCCGCGGAUAUGAUGAAGACGCAGUAUUUCAGGGUCUACCACCAGAGACUUGAAUCCGCUCAACGCACGGUACUAGCACAGCAACAGGCCGCACAGCAGCAGCAGCAACAGCAAGCUGCCAGCAACGGACAGCAACCGCAGCCAAUUAGGCGAAGAACCACGCAGCCGUUACGUGUUGACAGGCGAAGAUCCUCGAAGCACUUGGCACUGCUUGAUGCGAUGCGAAAGUUGGCCAAGAAGCGCGAAACGAUUCUGCAAAAGCAGCAGCAUGCGUCUCAACUUGCUUCUCUUCGCAAAGCGAAUGAAGCUAGCCAACCAAAACCUCCAAUCUCUUCACCUGCGGAGUUCAGUCGCCUUAAGCACGAGCGUGAAACAAAACUCAAUGAACGGCAAGAACAGUACCGCCAGCAGAUGAUGGCUCAGCAACGGGCAAGCCUGGCCGCCCAGCGUGUCGGGCAAUUGCCUAGCCAGCAACAACAGCAAGCACCGCAGAUGAUGAACGGCCCAGGACGACCUGGUAACCUGCCUCCCAAUAUGCAGAACACAGGCAUGGUGAACAACAUGCCUAACGGAAUCCCUUCUGGAAUGCCAGGCAAUGUUGCAUUGAAUCAAGCUCGUGCGCAACCCUUGCAAGGCGUGCCAGUUGGCGCAACCCCCCUCAAUGGUCAGGUUCCAGCCAGCGCAAUGCACUUGAAGAUGAUGCCUCAGGGCCAGUUGGCCAACGUGGCUUCUCGGUCCGGUAUGCAAAUGCAGGCGUCCCCAGACAAUGCUCGAGUGAUACGUGAAGCGAAUCGUCUGCAAGAACAACAGCGUUUGCUACAGUCACGCCAACAACAAAUUCCGCAGGGCCAGGUUCAAGGUCAGCAAGCGCCGCAGCAGUUCCAUACCCAGCAAUUUGCUCCACAAGGAGGACACUCUCCAAACAUCAAUAUGUCCGGUGUCAAUGGCGCCUCUAGCAAUCCGGCGAUGAUUGCGGCUCUGCAAGCGCAAGCCGGUAUUCAAAGCCCAUCGCUACACAGCGGCACUCCGCAGGGCGUUUCGUCCCCCACGCCUCGUCUAGCUCAGCCUAGUACUCUCGCUGGUGGUGGUAACACGAUCAGCGCUUUCCAGACCCAGCUUCAGCGAGCGCAUCCCAAUAUGUCGGCCGAGCAGGUGAACAAGCUCGCCACUGAGCAUCUGAACCAGUAUCAGCAGCAGCGUCUCUCCCAGCAGGCCGCAAUGAACGCGGCCGGUGGCGGUAUGAGCAAUGCUCAAGCGAAAUAUUCUGCCCCGCAUGAUAGCAAAUUCCAGGGCCCUCAACAAGUCGCCUUGCCCAAUGGAGGCGCUGCUAUGCAGGUCCCUCAGAACCAAGGGUUUUCUCCAAUGAUGCGUGUCCCGCAAAGUACCCCUCAGAACAGAGCCAAUGUUACCAGUUCGCCGGUCGUCAAUGGUAGUGUACCUCAGCCGAGUCGAAGUGCCACACCGCAAACCCAGCGCAGUGGGAGUGCGCAGGCUGGUGCAGUAUCGGGCCAAAAUAAGAGCCCUCAUCCAACCCCUGCGCAGACGACCAGCACCUAA